AUGGUGAAAAUCAUGAAACGUAUUUAUCUCGACCAUAACGCCACAACCCCAGUACACCCGGAAGUGCUUGAGGCGAUGAUCCCCUUCAUGGUCAAUCAGUUCGGCAACGGUUCGAGCAUCCACACCUAUGGGCGUGAGGCACGUAAUGCGAUUGACGAUGCGCGUGAACAGGUCGCAGCCCUUAUCAACGCCAAAAGCCCGAGCGAAAUCGUUUUCACAAGCACCGGGACAGAGGCUGACAACUACGCCAUCAAAGGGAUUGCCGAAUUGCAGCAAAGUCGCAAUGGCGGCAAUCACAUCAUUACCUCUUCAAUCGAGCAUCACGCUGUAUUGCAUACCUGCCAAUACCUUGAGAAACGCGGGAUUUGA